GUAGGCUGUGGGCCUGAGGCUCGAUUGGGCACUGGCCAGCUUCUCAAACUUGGACGUUAUUGAGUAUGUUCACUAUUUAAAUAUUUCACAUACUUGAAAAGUACAUAACGUAGGUUAGAUUUUGUUGUCGAAUACAUGUUAAUUAUUCUCACGUUAAUUGAAUAUGACUACUGCAUACGGUGGUACUGUUCCGGGUGAUGGACGUAUUGGUGCCGAACUGUUACCAUAUCUACCUCUGCGCCAAACGUUGAAGGAUGGCACGGCUGUCGAGCUUGACUUCUUUCGAGAGGAUGAAUAUGAACAAGGCUUCACACUUAUGAACCAGAUUAUAGUCGAGGGUCAGUCCUGGCCAUUUAUGCACGCUUACGACUCUGUAGAUGCCUUUAGAUGCUACUUCUUAUCGCACGCAGCCUUUGUUGUGCGCGUAUGUGACGUACCAGAAAAAUUUACGAAAGCAACAGACUCGACAAUAGUAGAGAAUGCAUCGACUGGCACAGAUCUUGGUACAGUCGACUUACGCAAAGACGCCAUUCUAGGUUGCUUUUACGUGAAGCCCAAUUUUCCGGACCGAUGCUCUGGCAUCUGCAACGGUGGCUUUAUCACUAAUCCAAUGGCGCGACGAAGGGGUGUUGCUAAGCUCAUGGGUAAGUUAUACUGUAGACUGGCAAAGGAUCUUGGAUACCGAGGUUGCUUGUUUAAUCUGGUGUUCGCUUCUAAUGAAGCGUCUCUCCGGCUUUGGGACGGAUUGGGGUUCACCAGACUGGCAUGCCUACCUCAGUGCGCGGAGUUGAAGGGCAUUGAUGGUUUCACAGACGCUUAUCAGUACUAUAGAAAUUUACUUGAAUACGAUUAUAAGAACGAGGAAGUGUAGUUUACAAAGGAUUGCUUUUACUAUAAAUAAAAAAUUCCUACACUCAGUGACUGACCUACACAUGCAGCCGACGCCUAAUGAAUGUUUUGCAACUUGUUGCGGAUCAUGUGAGCCAUUUCCUGCAAGCAAUCGGUUUCCCCGGGCUGUCAGAAUGCUGAUCUAUUAAAUUGAAUUCGCGAUAUAGAUUUGAAUUUCUCCCUACCCGUCCUGGGGAACCGUCUUCUGGUCAGGACAUGUGCCAGUGUAUUCACGUACACCAACAUAGAAGAUAUAAGCAUAGUAUGACACUUCCAAAUACACAUAUACAUAUAUAUACGGAAAUCAUCUAUGCAGAAAUAAUAUUACUAUACACUCAAUAUAAACAGGUAUGCGGGAUUGUAUUCGCGGGCAGCAGGUAGUCGAGCACACAAACA